AUGAAUCGACCUAAUCGGCCUCGCAAUCGCCAACCUCGCCCUCCACGCCAGGAGCAGAAUAAUCAACGGGGUGGCUCAUCACGACCAUCUCGGGCACCGGGAACACCACAACAAGCAGCAGGCACAGUCCCAAAAGUGCACCAGGUCAUACCCGGAGCCUCUGUAUUUAUCAUUCUGAAAGAAGAUCAGCCGACAGGAGAGGAGACAAAGGGAAUAGUACAAGAUGUACUCACACGAGGCAAUCAUCCACGAGGAAUCAAAGUGCGACUACGAGACGGCCAGGUGGGUAGGGUACAAAGAAUGGGCAACACCUCUGAAGCUACACCUGCGCCCUCAGAUGAGCCGAGAGCGCAAGCAGCAUCUUCAAGUUCAAGAUUUACUAUGCGAUAUACGGAUGUGAGACAGGACGAUGAGUUUGCUACGGGCCCGCCGCCUAGGAGCUUGGCAGAUUUCAUACCAGAUUUUGAAGAGAGUUCGACAAAUGCACCGAAUGCUGGAGUUGAGACGGUCAAAUGCCCUUUUUGCGACAAGUUUGAAGGUGAUGAGGUUGCUGUUACACAUCAUAUUGAUCAGGAGCAUUUGUCCUAG